AACGGAACGCGGCCGCAGCCUGCCUGGUUCCUGUCUCCGUCAUAUAGCGGGGCUCCCUGUCGGACGCAGCGCCUUCCCAGCCGCCGCAGCACACUUUGAAACAAAGUUACUCCGCGCAGCAGACACGCGGGAGAGAACAAACAUGCCUGCGGUUUCUAAAGGGGACGGGAUGCGUGGCCUGGCCGUGUUCAUCUCUGACAUCAGGAACUGUAAAAGUAAAGAGGCCGAGGUUAAGAGGAUAAACAAAGAACUGGCCAAUAUCCGCUCCAAAUUUAAAGGAGACAAGGCUCUAGACGGCUACAGUAAAAAAAAGUAUGUCUGCAAGCUGCUCUUUAUCUUCCUACUGGGCCAUGACAUCGACUUCGGACACAUGGAGGCCGUCAACCUCCUCAGCUCCAACAAGUACACAGAGAAACAAAUUGGUUACCUGUUCAUCUCUGUGCUGGUGAACUCAAACAGCGACCUGAUCCGUCUGAUCAACAACGGCAUCAAGAAUGACCUCACCAGCCGCAACCCGACCUUCAUGAACCUGGCCCUGCACUGCGUUGCCAAUGUGGGCAGCAGAGAAAUGGCCGAGGCUUUUGCGUCUCAAAUCCCCAGCAUCUUGGUGGCAGGGGACACGAUGGACAGCGUAAAGCAGAGUGCGGCGCUGUGUCUGCUACGUCUCAACAGGACGUCCCCUGACCUCGUCCCCAUGGGUGAAUGGACGGCUCGAGUGGUCCAUCUACUCAAUGAUCAGCACCUGGGAGUGGUGACCGCGGCCGCCAGCCUCAUUACCACUCUAGCCCAGAAGAGUCCCGAGGACUUCAAAACCUCCAUCUCACUGGCGGUGGCCAGGCUCAGCAGGAUCGUGACCUCGGCGUCCAUCGACCUCCAGGACUACACGUACUACUUUGUUGCCGCGCCGUGGUUGUCCGUCAAGUUGCUGCGCCUGCUGCAGUGCUACACUCCACCUGAGGAUGCGGCGCUGCGGAGCCGUCUGACGGAGUGUCUGGAGACCAUCCUCAACAAAGCCCAGGAGCCGCCCAAGUCCAAGAAGGUCCAGCACUCUAACGCGAAGAACGCCGUUCUGUUUGAAGCCAUCGCCCUCAUCAUCCACCACGACAGCGAGCCCACCUUGCUGGUACGAGCCUGCAACCAGCUGGGCCAGUUCCUGCAGCACAGGGAGACCAAUCUCCGUUACUUGGCUUUGGAGAGCAUGUGCACGCUGGCCAGCUCCGAGUUCUCCCACGAGGCGGUGAAGACGCACAUCGACACCGUGAUCAACGCUCUGAAGACGGAGCGAGACGUGAGCGUUCGCCAGCGCGCUGUGGACCUGCUCUAUGCCAUGUGCGACCGCAGCAACUCCAAACAGAUCGUGUCGGAGAUGCUGAGCUACCUGGAGCACGCCGACUACUCGAUCCGAGAGGAGAUAGUGCUUAAGGUGGCCAUCCUGGCAGAGAAGUACGCCGUGGACUACACCUGGUACGUGGACACCAUUCUCAAUCUCAUCCGCAUGGCCGGCGACCACGUCAGCGAGGAGGUGUGGUACCGCGUCAUCCAGAUUGUCAUAAACCGAGACGAAGUCCAGGGCUACGCGGCCAAGACCGUCUUUGAGGCGCUGCAGGCUCCCGCCUGCCACGAGAACCUGGUCAAGGUGGGAGGAUACAUCCUGGGAGAGUUCGGCAACCUCAUUGCGGGUGACUCGCGCUCCAGCCCUCUGGUCCAGUUCAACCUCCUCCACUCCAAGUUCCACCUGUGCUCCGUGCCGACUCGGGCGCUGCUGCUGUCGGCCUACAUCAAGUUCAUCAACUUGUUUCCCGAAGUGAAGACCACGAUCCAGGAGGUCCUGCGCUCCGACAGCCAGCUCCGCAACGCCGACGUGGAGCUCCAGCAGAGAGCCAUCGAGUACCUGAAGCUCAGCUGCAUCGCCAGCACCGACAUACUGGCCACGGUCUUAGAAGAGAUGCCCCCAUUCCCAGAGAGAGAGUCGUCGAUCCUGGCGAAGCUGAAGAGGAAGAAGGGCCCGGGCAUCCUGCCCGACAUCGACGACGCCCAGUGGAACGGCAACGUUGAGCACAGCGAGAGCGCUGAAGGCACGAACAAGUCUUCUCCUUCCCUGAUGGCAGACCUUCUCCCCACCAACAGACCCCGCCCUGCCUCCUCUAGUCCCACCAUGCUUUCUGCUGGGACCAUGGGUUCCGCCCACCCCUUCACAGACCUGCUCAAUCUGAACUCCGCCCCUUCAGCAGGAGCCAGUCUGCUGGUUGACGUCUUGUCCGACGGCUUCAGCCCCGCAUCCCCAGACGUGUCUGAGGAAAACUUCUCCAGGUUUGUUUGUAAGAACAACGGCAUUAUCUUUGAGAACCAGCUGUUGCAGAUUGGGCUGAAGUCUGAGUACAGGCAGAACCUGGGUCGCAUCUACGUGUUCUUCGGCAACAAGACCUCCACCCAGUUCCUCAGCUUCUCCUCAUCGGUCACCAGUAGUGACGCUCUCAAGACUCAGCUGAAUAUCCAAGCCAAGCCGGUCGACCCCACGGUAGAAGGCGGGGCUCAGCUGCAGCAGAUCGUCAACAUCGAGUGUGUGUCGGACUUCACAGAUGCACCGGUGCUCGACAUCCAGUUCAGAUACGGUGGAGCUCUUCAGAACAUUGCCGUGAAACUCCCUGUGAUGCUCAACAAGUUUUUCCAGCCCACAGAGAUGACAUCCCAAGACUUCUUCCAGCGCUGGAAACAGCUCGGAGUUCCUCAGCAAGAGGUUCAGACAAUCUUCAAAGCCAAGAACCCGAUGGACACAGAUGUGACCAACGCCAAGAUCUUAGGUUUUGGUGUGGCUCUGCUGGACGGGGUGGAUCCCAAUCCCACUAACUUUGUCGGAUCCGGAGUCAUUCACACUAAGGGCACUCAGGUGGGCUGCCUCCUCAGACUGGAGCCCAACGCACAAGCAGAGAUGUACCGUCUCACCCUCCGGACCAGCAAGGAGUCCGUGUCUCAGCGGCUGUGUGACCUCCUCUCUGACCAGUUUUAGACUCGACACGGCGCCAGUAGUUCUACACCUUUCACUCUCCGAGUCUCUCUUUAGAUAGAAUUGAUGUAUUGUACAGUGUAAAUUCUUUUCCUUUUUUUUAUUUUAUUUGACUAAAUCCACAUGUAAAUGAAGUGAAAUGUAUUUUCCGCACAUAUCUUUACUAAUAUAUCACUGCUCUAAACCUGCCUUGUGUAAACACACUGAGCACCUUAGCCGAGAUGCUGCGGACGGUAAAAAAAAAAAGAAAUGCUCUGAAAGCUUUCCGGCCGCUCCAGUUCCUGGAAUCGUGUGUUUAUUGCUCGGAUACUGCCUUUCUCGUUCCGACGUUUUGAGGAGUUUGUUUGGAAGCAUUAUUACGUUAGUUGAACGUCUCAGUGGCUUUGUGAUCUCAGUUGGCUUUUCUAUGACACUUUUGUGUUCAACAAAAACAACUAAGAAGGAGAUGCACAACUUCUUGACCUUUUUGCACUUGAUAGUAAAAAAAGAAAGAAAAUGAAUAAAUAGCACAUGAUUAGAGCUACAGAAGCCCUGAGGGGGACAGAAAAUGGAGCUAGAACAACAAAUAAAUAAUUUGAUCAAUUUUCUAAGUCUGAUCUAAAUAGUUUUCUCUACUUUGCUUGAAUAAAUAGUUUUCCAAGAUGAUCUCUAAAUUCCUUCAUUAUUCUUAAGAAUGAAAUAUAACUUAAUUCCCUCCCGGGGCUUCCGUACAAAUCAAUUUAGACGAGAGCAUCUUUAAGUCUCAAUGAUUUCACUAAUUUUACACCUCGCUCAUCUCAGGAGAAAACCCUACGCUUUGCAUUGUGGUAAUUAUAUAUGUUUUUGUGCAAAAAGAAAUGGGGCUCCAACAAUUUUUGGUGAUUUUUGAGCGACACCGCUCAAAGCUUCUGCACAGAAUUCAGGCACUGCGAUAAAACGGGCCACGAAGAUCAAUAUAGUACACGAGGUCAUAAACGGAUAUAGAUCUGUGGCCGUAGUCCGAUGGCCCCUCCCCCUCCCGCUAGCGGCGCUUUCUAUUUGUCCGACGGGAGCAACCGGACCGCUCUCCAGGGCUCAGUGUGGAGGUCCAGAACAUCUACCGGGCUCCACACAGUUGUGCCGCUGGACUUCUGUUACUGUCAUCAACAGAACGAAACCUUCAAAUAGUAAUGAGUCAUAUUUCAUUUAUAUACAUAUAUAAAUAUAUAUACUUUUACCUAAAUUCAUUUAUUCACAGAACGCUGACAAACUGGUGAUAUUUCUACAUUUCAAUAACGUAUGGUGUAUUUUCUGUUUUAUAAAAUGUCCUCUUCUCAAAAUCCUUGAUUGCGUAUUUGAUGCUCUGCGUGGUGACCGCCUCUGACCCGAGGCAAACACAAAAUUGUCCCGCCGCCGCCGGUUUGGUUCUGAGACGGCAGGAAGUCACAAAGCCCUUAAAAUGUCAACUUGUCACCUUUACGCUGCUUUUCUUGGUACAUAUUAAACAAACAAAGACAUAAAAAAGAUGGAUGUAAAAAACAAAACAAAUUGGAUCGAGGUACACGUGCUUAUGAUAAAAUAAUCAUCGAGGAAGUCUUGAGCUAAUCUGUUUACUUCAAGUCCAACUAUGUCCCGCUGUGUUGCAAUGGCUCAUUGUUUGUACGUACUUCAGGUGAAACGUCUUGAUAAAUGCAACAAAGUUUAGCUGUAAAUGACCCCGUGAUGCGAAGCACUGAUGAACUUUCCAGCCUGUUGUGGAUCCAGCACCAUGGGAAGUGUUCCGUGUCCCAGCGGUUCCUCGUGGGCACAAACCAAACCCAACGCUGAGCUUUGAUGAGCUCGGUCGCUGGAAACACGACGUUUGAUAACCUGGGACUUGAUAUCAUCGCUCUUUAGUUUUCGUCCAGUAAACUCCUUUUCUGGUUCGGUGCACAGUGUGACACCGGGGGCCCAGUGGGGCCACUCGUCAUCCUCACGGUCUCUGCUGUGAAAAACUACUUUGAUAGUUCACCGAAGAGCUCCACUGGCCUCCGACACAACGCAGCGUUCCAGUGGAGCGCAAGACGACGCUGAACUACACUUCAGAUAUUUGGGCCCCAAACCACGACAUUAGGGGCCUCUUUUGGGUCCUUGGUACUACAUCCAGCACACGUGGUGCUGACUAUCGGUUGCUGUGCUGCUUUACUACUUUACAAAUUGUCUGUGCUGAUCUGUUUGGUUUUGUGCCUUCUAACAUGUGUUUCGGUCUCUGUGCCAGGCGGCUGGAUAUCUUGUUGCUAUUUCAAUGUAAUGUCACUUCAACAUCUAAAUGAUGGCCUUUUGUAAACAAAUUAAAAUAUAUACUUCUUUCUUUUUAA